AUGGGGGUCGGUGGGUGCUUAGCCCUGCCCUGGAGGUGCCUAGUCGUCCUCUGUCUCAGGCUGCUCUUCCUUGUGCCCGCAGGAGUGCCCGUGCGCAGCGGAGAUGCCACCUUCCCCAAAGCUAUGGACAACGUGACUGUGCGGCAAGGGGAGAGUGCCACGCUCAGAUGCGUCGUGCAGCGGCGAGUUACAAGUCUGCAGUGGCUGGUCAGGAGCACAGCUGUUUAUGGCGGCAAUGACAAGUGGUGCUUGGACCCUCGGGUGGUGCUCUUGGCCAACACCAAAACCCAGUACAGCAUCCAGAUCCAAGACGUGGAUGUGUACGAUGAGGGUCCCUACACCUGCUCCGUGCAGACAGACAAUCACCCCAAGACAUCGCGUGUCCACCUCAUCGUGCAAGUGUCUCCGAAAAUCACCGAGAUCUCUUCUGACAUCUCCAUCAAUGAGGGCGGCAACGUCAGCCUCACCUGCAUAGCCACGGGCAGGCCAGAUCCCACAAUCACCUGGAGACACAUCUCGCCCAAAGCCGUGGGCUUCAUCAGCGAGGACGAGUACCUGGAGAUCACGGGCAUCACGCGGGAGCAGUCGGGCGAGUACGAGUGCAGCGCCUCCAACGACGUGGCAGCGCCCGUCGUCCAGCGGGUCAAAGUCACCGUCAACUACCCGCCGUACAUCUCGGACGCAAAGAGCACCGGGGUGCCGGUGGGGCAGAAGGGCAUCCUGCUGUGCGAAGCCUCCGCCGUCCCCUCCGCCGACUUCCAGUGGUACAAAGAUGACAAGCGGCUGGCUGAAGGACAGAAAGGACUCAAAGUGGAGAACAAAGCCUUCUUCUCCAGACUGACUUUCUUCAAUGUCUCCGAGCAGGACUACGGCAACUACACCUGUGUAGCCUCCAACCAGCUAGGAAACACCAACGCCAGCAUGAUCCUCUACGAAGAGACAACUACUGCUCUGACACCCUGGAAAGGCCCCGGAGCAGUGCACGACGGGAACAAUGGUGCGUGGCGGCGAGGCAGCUGCGUGUGGCUGCUGGUCCUCCCGCUCGCCCAGCUCGCCCGCCAGUUUUGA